UGUGUGUGUGUGUGUGUCCAGUAUUCCCUGCUCUGGUACAGACCCUGAACACAGGUCUCCAUGUGAUGGUGAUAGUCUUCCUGUUGGUGGCCGUGGGGUUUACUCUGGUCAGCCUCUCAUUCUCUAUCUACAACGCACGCAAGGUUCCCUACCAGAGCAUUAAAGGUCCCACUGGACUCUACAUCUGGAACACCAUAGCAGGGGUGUUUGGGUCGUUAGCCGUCCUGUGUUUCUUAGCAGCUGUCAGACAUCAUCGGUUAACGGAACGUGUCUCUAACUACCAGGAGACUCUUUUCCAUUUCUCCAUUCUGGAUGAGCGACUGGAUUGGUCCUUCUGGCUGGGCGUGGCCAGCGUCGCUACGCACGGUGUGGUGUGUGUUGUCGUGGCAAUGAGCCGGAUCAAACUACCCAAACCACAGAACAAGAAACAGUCCAAGCAGCCAACUGUCACCGCUGAAGUCCUCAUGUACUGACACACACACACACACACACACAUACA